CUGAGCGGAGAGGUUCCUAUAAGGUGUCAGGAUGUCACUGUCUAUUUCACCAUGGAAGAGUGGGAGUAUUUAGAAGAACACAAGGAUCUGUACAAGGACGUCAUGAUGGAGAAUCACCAGUCUCUCACAUCACCGGAUGGAUCCAGGCAGAGAAAUCCACCAGAGAGAUGUCCCAGUCCUCAGUAUUCCCAGGACUGUCCAGAAGAAAAACCAAAUAUCCCACUGGAUCAUCAGGACAGUUCUGGAGGAACAAUAAUUAGCUUUGAAAUACCCGUAUCAAUGUCAGUGAAAGAUGAAGACGGGUUGAGCAGCUCCCAUGGAUACUUCAAUUUAUCUUCCUACCAUGAAGUAGAAGAGAACAAUACCACGCAAACUAAUUCAAUAACUCCUAAUGUAUCCUCAGUCUUUCAAAGUGAAGAUCUAUCCACUGACACCACUGGUCACAAGAAACCUUCAUCUAAUCAAUCACUGAUUGGCAGAAAAAGAGCUAAACAGAAACAUGGGAAAAUAUUUCCUUGUGAGAAACCGUUAAAAAAGGAUAGUAAUCUGUCUUUGCAUGAGAGAAAUCACAGAAACAAAAGGUCAUUUUCAUGCUCUGAAUGUGGGAAAUCUUUUACCAGGAAAUUCAUUCUAGUUGGACAUCAGAGGACUCACACAGGAGAGAAGCCUUAUUCAUGUUCAGAAUGCGGAAAAUCUUUUACCAGAAAAUUCAUUCUAGUUGGACAUCAGAGAAGUCACACAGGAGAGAAGCCGCAUUCAUGUUCAGAAUGUGGGAAAUGUUUUAGUCGGAAAUCACAUCUUGUGAGCCAUCUAAAAAUCCACUUAGACGAGCAGUCAUUUAUAUGUUCAGACUGUGGAAAAUGCUUUAAUCAGAAAUCAACUCUUCUUUAUCAUCAGAGAACUCAUGAAAGAAAUAAGCUAUUUUCAUGUUCAGAAUGUGGGAAAUGUUUUAGUCAGAAAUCGGACCUCUAUAGACAUCAGCAAUCUCACACUGGGGAGAGGCCAUAUCCAUGUCCUGAAUGUGGGAAGGGUUUUAGUCAGAAAUCAUGUCUUGAGGGCCAUCUAAGAAUCCACUUAGGGGAAAAGCCAUUUUCAUGUUUAGAUUGUGGGAAAUGUUUUACCGGUCAAUCAAAUUUUAUUCGGCAUCAGAGAACUCACACAGGGGAGAAGCUAUAUUCAUGUCUUGAAUGUGGAAAGUGUUUUAGUCAGAAAUCAAAUCUUGUUACACAUCAGAGAACUCACACAGGGGAGAAGCCAUUUAUGUGUCCUGAAUGUGGGAAGUAUUUUGGUGUGAAAUCAUUGCUUAUAGAACAUCAAAGAAUUCACACAGGAGAGAAGCCAUUUUCAUGUUCAGAAUGUGGGAAGAGUUUUAGUCUGAAAUCAAAUCUUGUUAGACAUCAGAAAACUCACACAGGGGAGAAGCCAUUUAUGUGUACUGAAUGUGGUAAGUAUUUUGGUGUGAAAACAUUGCUUAUACAACAUCUUAGAAGUCACACAGGGGAGAGGCCAUUUUCAUGUCCGCAGUGUGAAAAAUGUUUUACUCAGAAAACACAUCUUGUGACCCAUCUAAGAAAUCACUUAGGGGUGAAGCCAUUUUCAUGCAUAGAAUGUGGGAAGUCUUUUAGUCUGAAAUCGUGUCUUGGUAGACAUCAGAGAAUUCACACAGGGGAGAAGCCAUUUUCAUGCAUAGAAUGUGGGAAAUGUUUUAUUCUGAAAUCACAUCUUGUUAGACAUCAGAGAACUCACACAGGGGAGAAGCCAUUCAUGUGUCCUGAAUGUGGGAAGUGUUUCAGUGUGAAAUCGCAACUUGUUACACAUCAGAGAGCUCACACAGGAGAGAAGCCAUUUUCAUGUCCUAAAUGUGGGAAGUCUUUUAUUCAGAAAUCAAGUCUUUCUAAACAUGAGAGAACUCACUCGGAGGAGAAGCAAUUUUAAUGUUUAUAUUGUAGGAAACGUGGAGCUUCCUUGUUGGACCUGCUGCCUUCUGAUUUAAAACUUAAUGGGGUUUUACAAGACUUUAAUACCGAUGACCUAUUCUCAGGAUAGGUCAUCAGUAUCUGAACAAUGGAGAUCCAACUGCCGGAACAACCACUGAUGAACUGUUGGUAGAAGGCAUCAGCGCUCACAAUAGAGCCACUGCCUUCUUUCAGCUUUUUCUAGGCCAGUGACAACACAAUCAUCGGUCAUGUGGCAUAGGCGCAGCUCAUCCCUAUAGAAGUGAAUAGGGCUGAGAUUCAAUUCCAAGCACAGCCGCUAUACUAUGUAUGGCACUGUGCUUGGUGAGCUGUGAGAAGUCCGUGGUGCUCACAGGAGCUCCGGUGCCUU